AUGCGACUUAAGCGGCAAAAGGCAUACCGCAAGCUUAUGCACCAGUAUGAAGUGCACUUCAAUUUCCGCGAACCCUACCAGGUGCUUCUCGACUCUCAGAUCCUGGAGGAUGCAUGGCAAAAUAGGAUGGACUUGGUGUCGAGGCUUGAAAGCGUCCUCCAGGGCAAGGUGAAGCCGAUGGUUACGCAAUGUGACAUGCGACACCUAUAUGACGCAACUCCGAAAAACAACGCGCUCAUAGCCCAAGCGAAGGGCUUCGAGCGCCGGAGAUGUAACCAUCAUGAGCUCGAGCAUCCGCUUUCCUCCCACGAAUGCCUCUCCUCGGUCGUUGACGCGAAGGGCAACCUCACGAACAAGCACCGCUACGUAGUCGCAUCCCAAGACCCCGCCGUUCGAGCGCAUAUGCGCAAGAUAGCUGGUCUCCCGCUCAUCUACAUCUCGAAAUCCGUGAUGAUACUGGAGCCGAUGGCUACGGCCACCGAGGAGCAGAGGGAGAGGGAAGAGCGACAGAAAUUCAAGGCUGGCCUCAAGGGACAGCGGAACCCGACCGCGGGCCGGAAGAGGAGACGCGAGGACGAAGAGGGGCAGGAGCCGCGGACUGAUUCUAUUGAGGGUCAAUCUACGGGAGACGCAAGGCCCCAGAAGAAAAAGAAGCACAAGGGGCCCAAGGCGCCUAAUCCACUCAGCGUGAAGAAGCCCAAGAAGACGCAAGCCCUGCCGCAAGAACCGCCACAAGAUAGCUCGGCCAAGGCAACGUCCGCCGAGCCGAAAGAAACCGAUACUUCUAUUCUAGAGGGCGAUGGAUCCGGGCACCACAAGCGGAAACGGAAGCACAAGCCGAAGGGUGAAGGCGGUGCGACGGCUGCCGCUGGCGGCGAAAUGGCUGUGUCUUGA